CACCGCUGCUCGCGGGACUCGGCCCCGAGCCCCGUGCCCCGCGAGCUGGUGGUCACCGUGGACCUGCCGCUGCUGCCCUCGGCUGACCAGGCGUCGCUGGAGGUGACGGGGAGGCUGCUGUGCCUCGACUCGCGGAAGCCCGACUACCGGCUGCGGCUUCGGCUCCCGUAUGCGGUGGACGACAGCCGCGGCACAGCGCAGUUCCACAAGGCCCGGCGGCAGCUGGUGGUCACGCUGCCAGUGGCGCGCCAGGGGCCACCCGCGUUGCCGGAAAUGUCCGUGGGCUCAGCCGGAAGUGACGGCGCGGCGAGCGCUUCCGCUCGCGAGGCGGAGGCGGGGCCCGCGGGGGCUCGCGCCGGGGACGAAG